AUGGCUUCAUGGGUUUGUUUUAGAGCUAGACUAGAUGAAGAUAGAAUUUAUGUUCCUUUAGAAAAGAUGGUUGAAAUUGCAGAUAAAGUAAGUGGAAAAGUUCAUCAUUUUGAAUAAGUCUAUUUCAUUGUUUUUAAUGCUUCGUUAUUAGAUUCCUGUGUUAAAUGUAGUAUGAAUAUUGCUUGGAUUAUCAUAAUGGUUUUCAAAUAUAUAUAUGAUUAAUUUUAAAAACAGAUUCCUCAUUCAGCAUAAAUAUUAUUGAUCAUAAUUUUAUUACAUAGUUAAAAUAAAUAAUUAUUAUUAUCACUACCAUUGUUAAAUAGACUCUAUAUUAGAUGAAAGUAGAAUAUAACAUUAAUUAUUGGAAACUACAAUAAAACCCUUAUUAAUGAUCCAUUCGAUCAACAGACUUAUCCAAUAAUCACUAAAAUAUUUAUUUUAGCAAUUGAAACCUGAUAUCGAAGUAAAUAACCUAGAAAUUUUAAUACCUGCAGAGAAUUCAGAAUUAAUGCUUUUAUUAUAGAAUUCUAAUUGCCAUGUAAUAAAUUAUCAUAAAUUCUUGAUUCAUUACUGA